AUGUUGGAUUCGUUUGGUGGUACAAAUGAUGGUGAAGUGACUAUUGAUCUUCCUUCUGACAUUGUUGUGUCUAAUUUUGGGGAUCCUCUUAGAAUAAUUAUUUCAACGAUAUAUCUGUCCUAUAUGAAUCAUGAAGAGUUGAGUAAUUGUUUGCAUGAUCGUGCUAUACUUGCUCCUACUUUAGAGGUUGUUGAUGAGGUUAACCAAUUCAUGAUGUCGUUGGAUCAGUCUCAGGGUCGAGUUUAUUUGAGUUCUGAUAGUAUCUCAAACUCAGAUUUGACCUCAAAUGGCUUAGCUGAGAUACAUUCUGUUGAAUUUUUGAAUAAGUUGAAGUGUUCAGGUACACCUAAUCGUGAAUUGUUGUUGAAAGUUGGUACUCCUGUGAUGUUGUUAAGGAAUAUAGAUCACUCGAAUGGAUUGUGUAAUGGCACCAGACUGAGUUAUGUUGCUUCGAUUGGAGAUGGUGUUAUUGGUGGUCCAAAUGAUAGUGAAGUGGCUAUUCAACUUCCUAUUGACAUUGUUUUGUCAAAUUCUGGUGAUCCUCUUAGAACCAUUGUUUCAAACAUCUAUCCUUCUUACAUGAAUCCUGAAGAAUUGAUUAGUUGUUUGCAUGGUCGUGCUAUACUUGCUCCUACUUUAGAGAUAGUUGACGAGGUUAACCAAUUCAUGAUUUCUUUGGAUCAGUCUCAAGGUCGAGUUUACUUUAGUUCUGAUAGUAUUUCAAACUCUGACUCCACAUCAAAUGGUCUUGCUGAGAUACAUUCUGUGCGGUUUUUGAAUAAUUUGAAGUGUUCUGGUACACCUAACCAUGAAUUGUUGCUGAAAGUUGGUACUCCUGUGAUGUUGUUGAUGAACAUAGACCUGUCAAACGGGUUGUGUAGUGGCACAAGAUUGAUAAUUACACGAUUAGGUGAUUAUAUGUUAGAGGGGUAUUGUUAUAUCAAGAGUCACAAGUCGUGA